CUACAGGGUGCAUGGGGUGGCCAUUGUGCAUGCAGUGCCCACAGUGCAUGGGCUGCCCAUCAUGGAUGGAGACUCUGUCAUGGAUGGGGUACCCAUCAUGGAUGGGGUGCCUGUAGUGCAUGGAGCACUCAGACCACAGCCCUCCCACUCCGUCACAGGGGCUCCAGACCAGCUCCAGCCUCCCAGCCGUGCCAUGACCACACCACAAUGUGGAGCCCCACAGUGUCCCACACAGUGCCCAGCAGCAGCAUGGCAUCUGUGGGGGUACCUGGCAGGCCCCCUGCUCUGAUGCUCACCGCAUGUCCCAGCUUCAUUUGCUGCCUGUGGUCCCACUUUACCCAGUACCUGGUUGAGUGGGUGCUGGGGGACUCAAUUAACAUCCUGCCUCCUCCACCCAUCGCUGCUGGCCCCCACGCUUCCAUGGUGAUAGACACACAGCUCAGCGAUUGCUGUACUCAUUUCAUGUGUGAUUACAAGGCCAGUCCCUAGCACUGCUCCCCCGUUCACGUUCACCCAGCAUGCCCGAGUGGGAGGCAGCAGCGGCGCUGUGCAGUGGUGAACCUGGUACUUAAUGGAUAAAUUGGAUUGUCUUUUCCCAUCUCAGCCCCUGACUGGCGCAGCGUGGAGACCCACAGACUAGCGUGGACACCCAGGGAUGCCUGAGUGGGAGGCGCAGCAGUGAGAGCCGCGGGUGGUGUGCUGAGCCGUGCCGCAGCCGGCAUCGGGCCCUGCACCGCGCUGGGGACUGCAGCGCCUGUCCGCGCCGUGACCCCUGGGCCGGCCCCGGGCUGUGUCUGAGGGGGUCGUUAAACCAGUGAAAUAUGAAAUGCCUCUGUAUCCCCGACAGGGGUUUUAAUUAAAUUAAUUGCCAGCGACAUUGUAAAAGUGCUGAUGGGGUAAUAACCGGCGCAUUAUGGUUGCCGUUUAUCUUCCCCGUGUAAAUUAGCUGCCGCACCUUGCCCGUCCCGGCGGGCACCGCGGUGGCUCGCUCGGCACCUGCUCCCUGGCUCACAGGCUCCUGAUCUGGCUGCUGUGAGCAAGGUCCUCCACUGGGGUGCUCAGCCAGGGCCCAGGGAGCUCUGUGUCCCCCAUGUCCCCUGUGUCCCCAAGCCUGUUGUGCAAGCGAGAGCCAGCCUGGGUGGGCACCAUGGGCAGUGGGGGUCCCGUGGGCGAGUGGUUGCCAAACGAAGGCACUUAAUUACUGCGCAUUUCAUCCCAUUUAAUUGCUUAUUAAAUCCUAACCAGCCAAUUAGCAGCAGCAAUUACAGCUUCAUUCAGUGACACAAUCGCUAUUUUAUCGUUUGUUAAUCAAAUGCUUAUUUAGGGCCCUGGUUUAUUAACUCCCUCUGCAGCAGGAGCCAGUGGGGUGAGGGAGCGGGGACACCCGGCCAUGAAUGGGCUGGAGACAUGGGCACUGUGGGUCUGUGCCACAUGCAGCGCUUAUGGCCCCUGCUGCAUGGCACCCACAGCCCCCAAGCAAAGCUGGGGGAUGCCUGACGCCCCAAAGGAUGUGUGUGCAGCCCAGAAACACAGGGAACAGCCAGCCCCCAUGUGCCAUUCCUGUGCCUGCUCCCAGGUGGGUGCCAAUGUCCCCAGAGCAUGUGCCGUGCACCCCUCCGUUCACUCUGCAUCCCUGUGCCGCUCCAGGGCACCUGGGGCAGGAUGCAGCCCCUGGCCUGCACCUUGCAGUGUGCCGGGGAGCGGUGGCAGUGGGCGCCCUGGGAGGCGUGAGUGAUGGCCCUUGUUGGUCACACUACAUUUCCUUUUCAUUAGCGUUAAGUGUGGACAUGAGGGAUCGGUGCGGGUUCAGCGGGCACAGCCACUGUGCUGCUGCUCUCCCUGAUGGAUGGCAGGGACAGGAGGGGGCUGCCGCAUGGCAGCAAAGGGGGGGCCGGUGGUGAUGCACAGAGACACGGGCACAGGGACACACCGGUAUGGGUGAUCACCCAGCCUGGGCACAGUGGAGGUGUCCGAGCCCCCAUCUCCCUGCAGGUGCUCAGCAAAGCGCGACCGUGGCCAACCCGGUGUCUGGUGCGUCCCCGGACCUGCUGCCGCACUUCCAGCUGGAGCCGGAGGACGUCUACAUCGUGAAGAACAAGGCAGUGAGCUUGGCCUGCCGCGCCACCCCUGCCACCCAGAUCUACUUCAAGUGCAACGGGGAGUGGGUGCACCAGGGUGACCACAUCAUGCAGCACAGCACUGACCGCGGCACCGGGCUGCCGGUGAUGGAGGUGCGCAUCGAGGUCACCCGCCAGCAAGUGGAGAAGAUCUUUGGGCUGGAGGAGUACUGGUGCCAGUGCGUGGCCUGGAGCUCCUCCGGCACCACCAAGAGCCAGAAGGCCUUCGUGCGCAUCGCCUAUCUGCGCAAGAACUUUGAGCAGGAGCCGACUGCCAGGGAGGUCUCCAUCGAGCAGGGCAUUGUGCUGCCGUGCCGCCCUCCCGAGGGCAUCCCCCCGGCCGAGGUGGAGUGGCUGCGCAACGAGGAGCUUGUGGAUCCGGCGCUGGACGCCAAUGUCUAUGUGACGCCAGAGCACAGCCUGGUGCUGCGGCAGGCCCGCCUGGCCGACACCGCCAACUACACCUGCGUGGCCAAAAACAUCGUGGCCCGUCGCCGCAGUGCAUCCGCUGCCAUCACUGUCUAUGUGGAUGGUGCCUGGUCAGAGUGGAGCAAGUGGUCGGUGUGCGGGGCCGAGUGCACCCACUGGCGUAGCCGGGAGUGCUCGGAGCCAGCGCCGCGCAACGGGGGCCAGGAUUGCCACGGCCCAGAGCUGGACACCCGCAACUGCACCUCCGAGCUCUGCAGCCAUGCUGCCUCUGGUGCGGAGGACGUGGCGCUGUACGUGGGGCUGGUGGCAGUGGCCGUGUGCCUGGUGCUGCUGCUGCUGGUGGGGGUGCUGGUGUACUGCCGCAAGAAGGGGGGCCUGGACGCUGAUGUGGCCGACUCCUCCAUCCUCACUGCUGGCUUCCAGCCCGUCAGCAUCAAGCCCAGCAAGGCCGACAACCCCAGCCUGCUCACCAUCCAGCCUGACCUCAGCACCACCACCAUGACCUACCAGGGCUCGCUGUGCCCACGCCAGGAUGGCCCGGCCAAGCUCCAGCUGCCCAACGGGCACCUGCUGAGCCCGCUGGGCGCCGGGCGGCACACGCUGCACCACAGCUCGCCCGCUGCCGAAGGCGCCGACUUCGUGGCCCGGCUCUCCACACAGAGCUACUUCCGCUCCCUGCCCCGCGGCACCAACAACAUGGCCUACGGCACCUUCAACUUCCUGGGGGGGCGGCUCAUGAUCCCCAACACAGGGAUCAGCCUGCUCAUCCCACCCGAUGCCAUCCCACGGGGGAAGAUCUACGAGGUCUACCUGACCCUGCACAAGCAGGAGGAGGUGAGGCUGCCCCUCGCCGGCUGCCAGACACUGCUGAGCCCCAUCGUCAGCUGCGGCCCUCCUGGGGUGCUCCUCACGCGCCCUGCCAUCCUGGCCAUGGGUCACUGCGUGGAGGCCAGCGCCGAGAACUGGAGCAUCCGGCUGAAGAAGCAGUCGUGUGAGGGCACGUGGGAGGACGUGCUGCAGCUGGGCGCCGAGCCGUGCACGGAGCUGUACUACUGCCAGCUGGAAGCGCAGGCCUGCUACAUCUUCACGGAGCAGUUGGGGCGCUUUGCCCUGGUUGGGGAGUCCCUCAGCAUGGCGGCCUCCAAGCGCCUCAAGCUGGUCCUGUUUGCGCCGGCCGCCUGCCCCUCGCUCGAGUACAACAUCCGCGUCUACUGCCUCAGCGACACCCAGGACACCCUCAAGGAGGUGAUCCAGCUGGAGAAGCAGCUGGGGGGGCAGCUGAUCGGAGCCCCCCGGGUGCUGCACUUUAAGGACAGCUACCACAACCUGCGCCUCUCCAUCCACGACAUGCCCAGCUCCCUCUGGAAGAGCAAGUUGCUCGCCAGUUACCAGGAGAUCCCUUUCUACCACAUCUGGAGCGGGCUGCAGCCCUUCCUGCACUGCACCUUCACCUUGGAGCGCCUGAGCCCCAGCACCUGUGAGCUGGCCUGCAAGAUCUGGGUCUGGCAGGUGGAGGGUGAUGGGCAGAGCUUCACCGUCAACUUCAACAUCGCCAAGGACACGAGGUUUUCGGACUGGCUGGUCCCUGACAGCGAGGUGGGCGCCCCGGCCCUCGUGGGCCCCAGUGCCUUCAAGAUCCCCUUCCUCAUCCGCCAGAAGAUCAUCAGCAGCCUGGACCCGCCGGGCACCCGGGGAGCCGAUUGGAGGAUGCUGGCCCAGAAGCUCAACCUCGACAGCCAUCUCAGCUUCUUCGCCUCAAAGCCCAGCCCCACAGCCAUGAUCCUCAACCUCUGGGAAGCGCGGCACUUCCCCAAUGGCAACCUCUCUCAGCUGGCUGCCGCCGUGGCCGAGGUAGGCAAGCAGGACAAUGCCCUCUUCGCCGUCUCCGAGGCCGAGUGCUGAGCAUGGCGGGGAUGGAGGCACAACCCCUUUCCUGGGGGACCACCACCAUGGGGCAGCGGGGGCCCCGGCCGGCCCCCAGGCUCCCGCUGCCCCACAGCCCACGGCAAGGGCUGCCCGAUCCCCUUGUGAGACAGGGAUGCCUGUGUCCCACGGCAGUCAGGACCCCCCAGUGCUGCCACCCUGGGCAUCACACAGCCCCAUGGUGGGGGACAGGGGGGCACUGGGUGUGCGUCGAGCGUGCGGUGCCAUCGUGCUGUCUGCGUGUGGGGCCCCGUGCCGUGUUGUGUAAAGACCGUUUUUUUAAUUCUGUAUUAAGUGCAUUCAAGUAUUUACACUUGGCCUUAUGUACAUAGCGGUGCCGCAGGCGGGGGGGCUGCCGGACCUGAAUGUAAAUAAAUUCGAUAUAUAUUGCUA